ACUACAUCUAUGUCUAUCUCUUAACUGAUAGCUGCGGCACUUGUCGGCUUAUUUUCCUGUCCUCGUAAACGUUUGUGUAAAGCCACACACUGCUCCUUCCUGUGCAUAUAUUUUACGCAGACUAUAAGGACUUCUGAUCUUGUGAAUAUCCCAUGGUGCGCUCAUGCGUCCUGGUCCAACACACAACAUAUAUACCAGGACUCUACUCUCCAGAUUACUCUGCUCACCAUGUCCUAUAUAUCGAAAAGUUGCCCGGCAAAGUCGAGCCACCAUCGUCCAUCAGACCGUCGUCGAUUCUGCGCGCGGAUUUCUCUACACAUAACGAGUGAGCAUCGUGUCAGACUCCCUCGCACCUUCAGCAGAAAUUUAUCCGCGGUACAGUACGAUCAUGUAGUUCAGUGUGAUGGUACUUGCAGUACGGCAAGGGCGUUUUCUUGUGCAACUAAACUGCAACCCUAAAAUGGCCCUCUGCUAGUACUUGUUAAAUAUAUUUAGCAAUUGAUAAUAUAUUUAUUGUUACAAAGUUCAAUAAUAAUAGUAAUAGUAAUAAUGAACGUUUACAGAUAACAAUAAUAAAAUAUGUGCGUGUAUAAUUAUUAUUACUGUAAAGUAUAAAUAUAAAUAAUGAAUAUAAAUUGAGUUAAUCUGUUGGCAAUUAUGAACGCUUAAAAUUUCAUUAAGGACUCUUCGUAAGCGAGCAAGCAAUGAUGUUGGAUCGUGUGAUAUGAAACGUGGCUGUUACACACGUAUAAGCUGUAUUGAAUGCCGAGUAGCAGCCGUGAUAAUCUCAAGUGCCGCUAGCCUCAAGCGGGCGGAUGAGAACAAUUUCCCUAUGGACAGGAUAAAUAUUAAACAGACAAAGACACUGAUAGGGACACAAGAACACAUCAGAAUUAAAUGCUGUUAUUUUGAUGAAUAUGUUAGCAGCAUGUCAUUGUCAUUAAGGAGAUGGUGUUUACACCUAUCGGCGUUAUCGAGCUCACCAUCUUACCAAAUAAUUCCAUGUCACCUAAUGGGCAUUAUCGGUGUGACAAUAGCCAGCGUGAUAAGAAGACCAACGUAGGGCUGGCUGCUGGAGGUACAUUGUCCAGUUACUGCUGGUCCAAGCAAUGAUGCAAAUAAGCGCGAGUGAUUAUUACCAGAGAGCGCCACGAUCUUGCUCGGGUGGACGUCGUUCAUCUCAGCUAACUGCUGCAGCUUCAACAACGGCAAUCACUAGUGCUGGUUCAAAUACUCCUAAUAAUACUGAAAAUUCAUUUAGAAUAUCGACAACAGUUAAGGCCUCGGAAUUGUGGUGCUGCUGUUGCAAUUGCACUACGGCGAGGAGCACCAAAGCACCAGGUUUCCUCGCUUGUCUAGGUAUAUGUGUACUUGUUUUUGGAUACACACUACUCGGUGCAUUUGCUUUCAUGGCUCUCGAAGGUGGUUUUAAAACGGAAUCACCGUCAGAUAUAGUAAGACUGUCUAGUGGUUCAUCAAAAACCGUAAAUGCAAAUGGUGGUAAAACAUCAGUAAAUGUUGGAACUCGUGAUCAAACAACUCAGUCACCGGUAAUUUUAUCUGGUGAUGAGGAUGAAGAUGCAGAUGCUAAAAAAUUACGGGCUUACACUGUCGAGAAGCUGUGGGGCAUCACUGAAGACCUAAAUGUUCUUUAUAAAGACAAUUGGACGCGAUUAGCCGAGCGUGAGAUUCUCGAAUUUCAGGAGAAAAUGGCACGUAGUCUUAAUCACGACCCACGUUCGUCAACAUUCUCUGUUUACGGAGGAACUAUUCAGCGAUCGCCACGAGGUGGUAAUGACAGAUACAAAAGUGACAGACGUUGGACAUUUGGGGGCAGUUUAUUGUACUCUUUAACUCUUAUUACAACAAUUGGAUACGGUAGUGUUGCCCCUCGGACCAUUUGGGGGAGAGUGAUCACCGUAGUCUACGCACUAGCAGGGAUACCUCUGAUGCUGGUGUACCUGAGCACCAUUGGAGAUGUCUUUGCCAGGACGUUUCGUCGUCUAUAUGGUAGACUUUGUCAUCGGAACAACGAUUGCAAUAAAAAACAACCGUCAAGUGGUGGACAGUUUCUAGUACCGCCGCCUCCGAUGCCUGGUUUAAUUGAAAAAAGCUACCAUCGUUAUGACAAUCACAUUGAAACGACGAAACUCGGUAAUUUUUAUUCCAGUAAAGACAGUUCUUGUGACGAACUUGGCGUUCGCGCUACCGGAGGCGCUAUUCUUCUUGAUCGCGAUGGACUUGAGAGUAAUCUUUACCUCCAUUCUGCCUCCUCAGCCAAUGUUUUGCAGGAUAACAACUCGGAGAAACGACACUUGCAUCCAUGCUCUCAAAUGUCUCUGAUGCCGUCAGCAGUAGGCUACGGGACUGACACUAUUUGUGUUGUAAGAAUACCAAUAAGCCUGUGUCUUUUGAUGAUAUUACUGUACGUGUGCGCUGGGACAUUUAUGUUUCACCGAUUAGAGGGAUGGACUUUAUUGGAGAGCAGUUAUUUCUGCUUCACAAGUCUCGGAACAAUUGGAUUUGGUGACCUCGUUCCAACCGGCAGAAGUGCUUCGACAAAACUAUUAGAAGAACUCAGUCUGUGCGCUUGCUCAUUGUACAUUCUCAUUGGAAUGGGUUUGAUAGCAAUGUGCUUUAAUUUAAUGCAAGAAGAAGUUGUACGAGUUGUACGUGUGUUUGGUAGAACCUGCGGUACUACUGGAGGUAUGACACCAGGCAAUUCUCUCGUUGGAGCAACAGGAUUGAAAUCGGAGAUGUGCGGGGACGGUGGUAUUGCUGGUAAUGUCAUCUCGGAUGGUUGUCGUCAAGAGUUAGAUCAUGAUGACGACGCAAUAGCCAUGUCAAUAGUAUCUGCUGCUUCCUGACAACGUCCUA